CCUGCGAAGAAAAGCCUAGCGAUCAAGCCAACCAAAGGUAGCUUUAUGGAUAGGUUUAAAGGCAAAACUACACAAAUGAACAAGGAAGGACAUUUAGGGAUCGUUCACAGCACAAAACAACCAGUUAAGCCCUUGAAAGCCUACCCUAAUGACUCCUAUAAAAACGAAGAUAGUGCACCCUAUGGAGAUUUAUCAAAGAGCAGAGAUUAUGGAAAUCUUGGAUCAAGAGGCAACAGGAGUAAGAGCAAUUAUGAAGCAUUGUCUGCUACUAAGAGUAUGAACAACUCUAGUUACACAAUGCCUUCUCUCUCGCAAGAAAAUAAAUAUUCCUUUGCUUCAAAUUUUAAGAAGAACCAUAAGGCUAUUGAUGACUGCUAUAACGAAGCUCCUUCAUUGCAGAGAAGGAUGCAAGCAGCUGGCAAUAAUGUGAUGAGAUACAGCUCAUCGUCAAAUUUUGGCAUAAAUGAUAACAUGAUUAGUAGAACAAGUUCUCUGCAGCCUGCCAAAGAUUCUCUUGGGUUCCAAAAUAACUUUCAGACACCUCAAAAGAGAGGACAUCUGCACCACUAUGGCCAAAUGUCAGCUUCUCUCCAGAGGUUUAAUGAAGACCAGAGCAGCUUCAAAGGGUCAUUUUACUCCUCAAGAAGUGCAAAAGUCAUGAAUUCUAGCAGUUAUUCAAUGGGAGCUGCCCAACCAUACAUGUCUUACUCCAACCAAUCGAGUUAUAUGAACAAACCGGGUUAUGCAUUUGGAACGUCUAUUGCAAGCAACAGUACUGGCUUUUACCCUACAGCAGUCUCAACCCCUGCUUAUGAUAAGAAUAAUGAGAACAUUAGCAUCAGAUCUAAGGCAGAAGAAAUGAUGAAAAGGACUGAAGAGCUAUCCAGAAUUACUAAACCAGGAAAAGUAAUGAAUGAUAUCUCCUCUGUCAGAAGGAAAUUAGACAUGAACUCAGGAGAGAGUUACUUUAGGAAAUAUAAAAAAGCUAAGUUAAAUCCUUCAUAUAAAGGAAGCAAUAUAAGGAGACAUCUUAGUGAAAACUAAACCUCAAAGAUAGAGGUCAUAACUCUACUUCUAUGAGAGGAAAAUGCCUUGGCUAUAUUUCAAGGUUGUCACAUUUGUCCACAGAAGGUAGACUUAAGUUUACUGAGUGCCUCUUUAAAUAAAAUUUCUCUAACUAUCCAUCCUCGACCUCGGUAUUAUUCCAGAUGUAGCUC